AUCAAUUCACCAAGCAAUUUGUCAAGAAAACAACCGGCCAAGGAAAAUACUCAAGUCAGGCGUCAAACCCAGAGAAAGCAUUUCCUUCUUUUUCCAGCUAUGAUUUGGGUCUGGGAAAUAGAUUAGUGGGGAGAGACUCUACAGAAAGCUUCAUACAUUUUUCUACCCACGAAGUUUCAGUUGGGCUUGGAGAAGCUUCCGUCAUUAUUAGCACCAACUCAUGUCAAUGGCAGCCUUUGAGUGACGGUUUAUGCUUCCUCAGUGACAUCUCAGAUCGUUGUUUGUCUGGAUUGGAUUCGGGUUCUUCUCAAUUCAAAGUGAUUGGCUUUAGGUUGAACUGAAGGUACAUAAAAUUUAGGAUUGUGGAGAACUGUAGAUUGAUUUUCACCAUGGGGGAUUGUGGAACUAAGACCCCUGCGUAUGAGGGAGAAGAACAUAUGAUUGCUGCUGCUCGGCACAUUGUAAAAGCAUUAGGGGCAUGUAAGAACCUAACUGAUGAUGCAAGAAGAAUCCUAGCUGAUCUUGAUGCACAUUUGACCACUAUGACCAUAUUCGGUGAAAGCAGUAGAGGCGGACUCUGCGAUCUUGAAGAGCAACUCAAAUAUGCUGAGAGGAAGAUCAUGAGUUGGGAGUCGGACCAGUCAAUGAUAUGGGACUCUGGUCCUGAGGAAGCUUCAGAGUAUUUACAUGCUGUUGAUGAAGUUCGAAACUUGGCUGAACGCCUAGAAAGCCUGUCCUUGAGUGAAAAUGGGAAACAGAGGGAGUUAAUUCACCAUGCCCACAUUGUUUUGCAUAUUGCAAUGGCGAGGCUCGAGAAAGAGUUGGUCCACAUUCUGGAUCAGAACAAGCAGACAUUUGAUUCAGAAUCAGAAUACAAGUCUUUCUACUCUUGUGAAGAGAAUUUAGUAUAUGAAGAAUCAAUUCUUUCAGCUGUGGAUGACUCAUUUGAAGACACAACACAGAGGGAGAGUAGGAGCAAUGAAUCAGAGGAAUGUAACCUGGAUUUGGUUCAUCCGGAUAUUAUUCCCAGUCUGAAAGCCAUUGCAAAUGUAAUGUUCGCUUCAAGCUACAGUCAAGAGUUUUGCCAUGCUUUCAUUUGCGCGCGGAGGGAUGCAUUAGACGAGUUCUUGAUCAUUCUUGGAAUGGAGAAACACAGCAUUCAUGAGGUGAUGAAAAUGGACUGGAGAUUUCUGAACCGCAAGAUCAAGAAGUGGGUACAGGCUAUGAAGACUGUCAUUCAGAUCUAUCUUGCUAGUGAGCAACGGCUCUGCAACCAAAUUUUGGGGGAGCUUGGACCUGCUAAUCCAAUUUGCUUUGUGGAGGUUACAAAGGCUUCAAUGUCAUGUUUAUUGAAUUUUGGCCAAGCCAUAGCAAUUGGGUCCCAUCGUCCAGAGAAGUUGUUUUGCUUACUUGACAUGUAUGAGGUUUUAUCAGAUCAUCUUAUAUACAUUGAUGCUUUAUUUGCUGAAGAAUCUGGUUCUUUUGUUAGAGUAGAGUUCCAUGAUCUUCUGAGGAGUUUGGGUGAUUCUUCAAGGGCAACAUUUGUGGAAUUUAGGAAUGCCAUUGCUUCAUAUUCAUCGAGGAAUCCUUUCCCUGGAGGUGGAAUUCACCCUCUCACUAGGUACGUCAUGAAUUACAUGAUGACCCUCACUGAAUACGGCAAUGAACUUAAUAUGCUUCUUGAGGAUCAUGAUGUCGAGGAUUUGGAUCCGGUGGUUGAACCAGAGAAUGGACAGGAGAACAUUUUCUGUCCAAUGGCUCGCCACCUUCGCUCAGUCACAUGUAUUUUAGAAUACAAUCUUGAUUGCAAAUCCAGAUUGUACAAAGAUUGUUCCUUGCGACAUAUAUUUUUGAUGAACAACAUACAUUACAUGGUCCAGAAGGUGCAGGGCUCAGAACUUAGGGUCCUUUUUGGAGACAAGUGGCUCAGAAAGCAUAUUGGGAAAUUCCAACAGCAUGCGAUGAGCUACGAGAGAGCCACAUGGGGUCCAGUUCUCUCUUUGCUAAGGGAUGAUGAAAGUCCAGGUUCCAGUCCCCUCUGGAAGGCGUGCAGGAGUUUUGGUAUUGCCUUUGAAGAUGUGUACAAGACCCAGACUGCGUGGUGUAUCCCAGAUCCCCGGCUUCGUGAAGAUCUACGAAUUUCCACUUCACAGAAAGUUAUCCAUGCAUAUCGAUCUUUUGUUGGGAGAAAACGUAUCUGUGACAAGUACAUUAAGUACACUGGGGAUGACCUGGAGAAAUAUCUCUUAGAUCUCUUUGAAGGGUCACAAAGAUCACUGCACAACACGCACAGAAGAUGACAUCCGAAAGGUUUUGAGUUUCAGCAUUUAUUUCCUCUCCUUUCUUCAUAAUUUUCAUACGAUUGUCAUAGGUGGGAAGCGUGUGCAAUUUGUCAUAUGGCUAUGGUCCAUGACUCCAGAAAAAAGAGAAGUAUGGCUGUUGCACUGUUUCUCUAUACCCUUUUUUUUUUUUUUUAACUCUUCUUGUGAUGAUAUUAGUUGGGAUCACAAGCAUAAAAUUGGCUCUGGCUUGUUCAUUUUGAUGAAGCCUGCAGGCCCCCAGUGUUUUGUAACUCUCUCUCUUUGUCUCUCUCUCUGCAUUUCAGAACGAUUCUGAAUUCUCUCAGUAAAGCAUUAAUGUCAAAUUUCUCUAUAUUAUUGGUAUGCAA